AUGGCAGCCACUACUCCCACCGGUAACGUCAGUGGCACUGUAGUCAACCAUGGAUAUCCUAGCCCGACUGGAAAGAAACACCCGGACUCAUUAUUUGGUCCUAAUAUCGGUAUUGUAAGCAGUGGACCUGCUUGGACCACAAACAGGGAGAAGAAGGUGCUCGCCGAUGAGCUCACGCCGGACGUGGUUCGCGGAUGGAUAGAGAAAAGCAAAGUGGCGAGCGAACCCACGACCACCUUGCAGGCCUUAGUUAAUCUGAAGCGGCCUACUCUGCGCUUGUCUCCACUGGCGUCGGGUGAAGAUACGGUACCAGACAAUCAUCAUCAUGGCCUGGAGUUUGAGUUCGAUUGCGAUGCACCGAAAUGUGGAAUUUACGUCCAUGUCCUACUCGAUGCCAAUCAUCCCGAUGCCCCCGCAGCCACUUCCCCUAACGGUCUCUCUAAGCUACUUGUAUUCGAGACCGUCGUAGAGGGAGGGUUUGGCAAGGUCCUCAAAAUUGAGGAAGGUGCUACUCUUGAGCUUGGUAGAUUUAUCUACAGCGAAGAUGACACUGAAACUCCCAGAGCCAGUCCCUCAAUCCCACCGGCAACCGCAAGUACGACACCUGAUGAAGCAGACCCAUCUUCCGAUACCGUUCCUACCAGCACAGCCCUUCCUCUUCCUACGGAAACAGGUAACCGGCAAUCCCGGCUUCGGUUUUCCCACUUCCACUUCCGAAAACGAACCCAUAAUCACAGUGUCUCAGGCCCUGCUCUGGCAGUUGUUGAUGCCGAGCCUUCAACAAGUCACGAUGGUGAUUCCAAUGGAGUGAAGGAGGAAAAGAAGGAAGAUGCAGAUGAUGGCGUCAAGGGAACAGAGCUUGCCUCUCCCAACGAGCAGCUAACAUAUCUCCAUGUCGUCCGUUUCGGAGCUAAGCCAUCUGCGGAAGAAGAGGAUACUAGGCCUUGGGUCGUCAAAGUUGUCAAGCGGGAGGCUACGAUUGGUCCGCAUACGUUCCAUCUACAUGAAAUAUACGGCUUGUCGUCUUCCUCCACCACAACUCAUGCACCUACUGCACCUCUUCCCGACAAUCACACUUACCCGCCAGAGUCUGCGACCACGCCGCAGCAGCAGCAACCUGUCGCAGAAGACGAGCCGUCUUCGGAGUGUCUCCUAUGCUUAUCCUCUCCACGGGAGGUCAUCCUUCUUCCGUGUCGUCACCUGGUAGCAUGCAAAGAAUGCGCACUCAACAUGGUCGAGUUCGGCGCUGGUGGGACGAUAACGCAGACCGAAGAGCCGGUCGCGGCUGCUGCUGAGGAGGGUGCAGCUACCACAGAGGGUGCUGGAGAUGCGGACGGUACCACCAGCCCCGCACCCGCCCCUACCCCGACGCCCACAGUCAUAGUGAACACAAGGCGCAAGCGUAAGGCCAAGGGAUGGUUCUGCCCUGUUUGUCGGCAGCCAUACACAUCUCUCCUGCGCAUCACGAAUACCCCUCCCGAGCCAGAAUCUACUACUAAGGAGCAGGGUAUAAACGAGAACGAGAAUAUUGCGGAGUCCACGGCCAUGGCUAGCGCCUCUACUCCCCGCACCAGCGGCGGAUUACUAUCCGGGGCUCUUAGGCCUGCAUUCUUGAGGAGCUUUUCCAGAAACCCGGCUGGGGAUGUGGAAAGUCAAACUCAAAUGACGCAGGUUGGUGCGUAG